AUGGAGUCGAGCUUUGACGAGUUCAUGUUCAUGGCGAUAAAACAGUCAGCCAGCAUGGAGGACGUCAUAGAAAACUUCUUCUCGUUCCUAAGAAGGCACACGGACUUCUGCCACACCAUGCUUUCUCCUGAGGAGCUCAGAAGGCUCAACCUUGACGGCUCGGUGAACACAAGAGGGUUUCAACCGUUCCAAAUGGUCGAAUUGGUCAACAAAGUAAUGCAAAAAAACUUUAUGGAGUACAGGAAAGUGAAGCAGCCAUACCUUAUGGAUGCCUAUCCCACUAAUACUACCCAGGGCUCAGCCGCUGCCAAAGCUCAGUCCGCCACGAAGGGCACUACUGCCGUUAAACCAGAGUCAACCACCAAGGUUUCAGAGGUUAAGAAUGAACCAGCUACUGUUUCAAGUACUUCAGAACCAUUGAAGAAUUUACCCGGUGACCAACGGUUAGAGUGCUCUGGAGGCACUACUGCUGCGACUACCGCUAUCAGUGCUACUACCAGUAGUAGCAGUAGGAGCAAGGAAAGUGCAAAGGACAAAUGUGGCCCGGUGGACGCCAAGUACACAAUAAAUCCCUGGAACGGAGCAAUAACGAAAAAGUACGCCUGGACGCAGACGUUAAAGGAGCUAACCCUGGAAAUAUUGGCACCUGAAAGAGUUAACUCGAAAAAUGUAUCAGUUCUGAUGAAUAAAACGACACUCACAGUUAAGAUAUUAGAUAAGGUUCUGGUGGAUGGUGAGCUUUGUCGGCAGAUUAACCACUACGACAGCGUCUGGAACAUCGAGGACGGCUACAGGAUACUCAUCAGCAUUGAGAAGUCUGAAGAGUACUGGUGGGACUGCGUCAUCAAGGGCGAUGAGACGAUCGACACUCAGCAGAUCGAGUCUGUGAAGAGGCUGGACGAGUUCACAGGGUCCGAGCAGAGCGCAAUUCUCAAGAUGAUGAGCGACCACAGGAAAAAAAACAAUAUGUAA